UCUGUCGCGGUUCCUCCCUUGACAAGAAAUCUCUCUCUUUCUCUCUCAACAGGCUUCUCAGUUCCGAGCAAAGAAAUUACCAAUGGAAGGUGAAGAGGGAAAACAGCAGCCGCAGCUUGUGCUUGCACACAAUCUGUUCCUUCUCACCCAGAACGACGUCGACGACAUCGAGAAGGUCCGCCUUCGUGAUGAGGUCUUCAACUUCAUCCUCGCUAAUGAUAUGGCUCCGUUGUACGAAACCCUAGUUGCGAACAAGGUGUUGAAUCUGGAUCAGAAGGCGCUUGAUUCUAUGCGGGCCAAGAUUGAUGAUGAGCUAAAGAAGCUGGACGAAAAGAUUGCUGAUGCAGAAGAAAACUUGGGUGAAAGUGAAGUGAGGGAGGCUCACUUGGCUAAAUCGUUAUUUUACAUUAGAAUUGGUGACAAGGAGAAAGCAUUGGAACAACUCAAGUUAACAGAGAGCAAGACUGUUGCAGUUGGACAAAAGAUGGAUUUGGUCUUUUACAUGCUACAGAUUGGUUUCUUCCGCAUGGACUUUGAUCUGAUUUCUAAAAGCAUUGAUAAAGCAAAGAACCUGUUUGAAGAAGGAGGUGACUGGGAGAGGAAGAACCGUUUGAAGGUCUAUGAAGGCUUAUAUUGCAUGUCUACUCGUAACUUCAAGAAAGCAGCCAAUCUUUUCCUUGAUUCUAUCUCAACUUUCACCACAUACGAGCUUUUUCCCUAUGACACAUUCAUAUUUUACACUGUCCUUACAAGCAUCAUAUCCUUGGAUAGAGUUUCCUUGAAACAAAAGGUUGUGGAUGCACCAGAGAUUUUGACAGUUAUUGGCAAAAUCCCAUACUUAUCGGACUUCUUGAACUCUCUAUAUGAUUGUCACUAUAAAUCUUUUUUCACUGCUUUUGCUGGCUUGACCGAGCAUAUUAAGUUGGAUCGUUAUCUGCACCCACACUUCCGUUAUUACAUGAGGGAGGUCAGAACUGUUGUUUAUUCACAAUUCUUGGAAUCAUACAAGAGUGUGACAAUCGAGGCUAUGGCUAAAGCAUUUGGGGUGACUGUUGACUUCAUCGAUCUGGAGUUGUCACGUUUUAUCGCAGCAGGGAAGCUACACUGCAAGAUAGACAAAGUUGCAGGUGUGCUGGAAACCAAUCGCCCUGAUGCAAAGAAUGCCCUUUACCAGGCAACCAUCAAGCAAGGUGAUUUCUUGUUGAACCGCAUUCAGAAGCUAUCUCGUGUUAUUGACCUUUGAAGUAGGAACCAUCAAUGUUUUUCUGAAAGCCAUGUCCAAUUUGAGGAGAACAAGUUGCAUUUGUUGCUUUCUUCAAGUGUAAUAGUAUUGAUUGAUAUGUUUCACAUUUACUUUGGCUUACUGAUUUGAAAAUAUGCUGAAUUUUUCUACAAAGCAUUUCUUUUAACCAA